AUGAGGCCGAAUGCGCGCAGCACCACCAAACCAUCUUCGCCACAGCCGCCACAAGGGAGUCACUAUGCCUCGACAUCUCACAAGAGGUCGGCUUCAGGCCGGCCGGUGAGUAGGACACCCGAAGAACGGAGGCACGACGAGAAAAGGGUCACAGAGAGGACCUUGGAGACGCGAGUACAGAGGCUGGUACCGAAGACGCAGAGUCGGGAAGCGGAAGAGCGGCGUAGCGCGCCACAGGAGAAGAGACAAUCAGAUGUGCCCAAGCAGAAGCUACCCGAAGCUCGUCCAAGGGCAGGGACAACUCAGGCACCGUGGAAUCCAGAGGUCACCCUGCUGCCGCACACAACAGCACCUCUCGCCUCCCGCAAGUCAAUACCUCCCUUGGGGUCAGCUGUACCGCAAGCGCCACAGCCUCGACCGAUCCAUGAACUGAGUCUGGAAGUACAAGAGGCCGCCAUCGUCGAAGACCUGUUGUUCGUUUUCAUGGGUUUCGAGGGACAAUACAUCCGUUUUGCAAAGGGCUACAACCCCGAGGAGGAGAGAGACCGGCUGACAGGGCCGUCUUUCAAGAUUGCCCCGGGGCUCGACCCAAGCUUGCAUGAUCUGACACAGAGCAUGCUCAAGAUGGCGACAUAUUACUCAGCACUCGAGACGUUCGUGGACGUCCAAAGCAGGGAAGAGUUCGGGUCCGUCAGCCAUGCCCUGUGUGCAUCGAUACGGAAGUUGUUGCAGGAUUACCUAGUAAUGAUCGCGCAACUCGAGACGCAGUUUCUUACUAGCGACACAUUUACUGUACACGUGCUCAACAUCCAAACUACCUCAACACAGCAGAUGAUGUAUCAGCUAUACGCCCUGGCACACGAAGUGUUGAAACGCAAUGCGCUGCUUGACGAAGAAAGCGACGACUCUGAUGACGACGACGCCGACGACUACGAUAAUAUCCUCGAGAAUUUGAGAGACGGUGGCGAACUGGUGCCUGGGAACAUGACCGGCAAGAAAAUUUGCAAAGGCGGUGCCGCAAUCGGCCUCAUCACCAAUAGGUUGGAGGCAAUGUCAGGAGAUCCAGCAGCGCGAGCGCUGCUCACGACCUUGCUCUGCGAUGCUAGCAGACCGUACAUGACGAUGCUCAAUGAGUGGCUACAUCAUGGCGGGAUCAGCGACCCCCAUUCCGAGUUUCUCAUCAAGGAGCAGAAGAGCAUCAAAAGAGAGCGAUUGGAGCAAGACUACACGGACGAGUACUGGGAAAGGAGGUACACGAUGCGAGACAGUGAUGUCCCGCCUCAGCUCGAAAGCGUCAAGGAGAGGGUGCUCCUGGCCGGCAAGUACCUGAAUGUGGUGCGUGAAUGCGGCGGCGUCGACGUCAGCAAGGUGGUUCAGGACGUACCUACAUCCUUUGACGACCCCAGGUUUCUCGAGAAUGUCAACAAUGCGUAUGCGCACGCCAACGAAUCACUCUUACGAAUGCUCCUAACGACGCACUCACUGCCUGCUCGUCUACAGUCCAUGAAGCACUACUUCUUCUUGGAUCCUUCUGACUACUUCAACCACUUUCUGGAGCUGAGUGCAUCGGAAUUGCGGAAACCGGUGCAAAAGGUGAACACAACCAAGCUGCAGUCGCUUCUUGAACUGGUCCUCCGGCAACCCGGCACAAUCGUGUCUCUCGACCCUUUCAAAGAGGAUGUCAAGGUCGAAAUGAACGAGAUCACCCUCACGAAAUCCCUGCAAAGAGUGGUGAACAUCACCGGCAUCGAGCAAGGCGAGGCCCUGCAACCCCUUGCCAACCAGCCAAUGGAGAACGACAAGAACGCUACUGGAUUCACGUCGCUACAGCUUGACUAUGCUGUCCCCUUCCCCGUGUCACUCGUGAUCAGUCGGAAGACGGUCUGGCGAUACCAGGCCCUUUUCCGCUACCUCCUUUCAUUGCGUUACCUUGAAUCACAACUGUCGACCACUUGGCAAGUACAGACACGGGGUGUCAGCUGGGGCCACAAGGGCUCUAACAGGGCUCUCGAGAUCUGGAAGCGCCGAGUGUGGACACUGCGCGCCCGCAUGCUGGUCUUUGUCCAGCAGCUCUUGUACUUUUGCACGGCAGAGGUCAUUGAACCAAACUGGAUCAAGUUCAUGUCGAGGUUGAGCAGCAAAGACGACGGGCCCGAGAGGAAGCCAGGCGGGUUCAUGCGCACAGUGGACGAACUGAUGCAGGAUCAUGUGGACUUUCUCGAUACCUGCUUAAAGGAGUGCAUGCUGACCAACAGCAAUCUCCUUCGGAUCCACUCCAAGCUCAUGCAAACGUGCACCAUCUUUGCGGCCUACACAAACUGGCUCACGCGCGAACUUGAGAAGGCGGACCCCGACCUCUCAGCGGCAAACAAACCAAGCACAAUGACCACGGAUCAGUGGAACCGCUUCCAGGCUACGAAAGCGGCCGCCGCUCGUGCCUCGUCCUCGUCCGUCGCCGAAACGUCCACGGCCUCAGCAGGUCCCGCAGACGAGGCAAGGGUAGACAACCUCGUCGACAUGAUCGCCAAGUGGGAGGUCAACUUUAGUAGACAUUUGCAGAUUCUGCUAGAUGCGUUGAAUCACUACGCUGCGACGGAGACGGUGGCAUUGUUGAGUCUCUGUGCAAGGUUAAGUACCGCGAACCAGGGAACUAAGUAUACGGGGUUGAAGCAUGACGAAGACGGGUGA